AGUUCUCGAAGAGAAUAAUAUUCUGAAACGAUUUUUAUCAGUACGUUCGCGUGAAAUUAUUGCUAUUCGGAGACGAAAUCGUGUGUACCUUACCUAUACCUACUUUCAUUUUUUCCCUUCAUUACCUAAUUUAAAAUUAUUUGUAAGCUCGUAAUUUCGCGUUUUUGUUCGUUUUUAAAAUUUUUUAUUAGUGUAAAAUUAUUAGUAGGUUUGUGUGUUUCAAGUGUAAAUUUCGUGUGUCGUAUUUUCAAUUUUUUUACGUGUCGUGGAGAUAAUACAAGUUGCAUAAAAAUGAAUUUUCAAUCACUCGAAGGAUGCAAGCAGAGAAUUCGGAGAAACCAACCAACCGGAACUUUGAUGUUGGCGUUGAACACCCGGGAAGAGAACUUUCGAAAAGCCUCAGUUCGUGUGGCAAAGUCUCGUAUAAAGCUACACGAGACCAAAACCAAACUACAGAAAGCUAUCGCCGAAUACAAGAAACUUGAACGAGAGGUGAACCAACAGAAAGCACAGUGUGAAAGAUCUGUGCAACAGACCGAGGCAGCAAUAGAGGAAUCGCUCAAUCCUAGCUACGAUAAAUCGGAUGGCGAUGAAGUAAUUCUCUGGAAUUGUUCGACGUUUUUGGUGCGUCCGGCCAAGAAACUAAUCGAACACAUCGAUGAAGAAUUGUCUGAAAUGAAAUUGAUUGAUUCCAGUGCGGAAAAUCUGAAAAAGGAACACCUCAAUAGUGUUACCCCGGUGCCCUUCAGCGUAAUCAUCUCAAACAUCGAUUUAUCUGGCAGCAUUCAACGGUGCGGAGUAGCCAAACUCAACAACACCAAAAAAUGCUGCAUUUGCAUGAAGAAUGAAAUAAAUUCAAUCUUUUACACCUGCAAGCACGAAUGCUGUUGCAUCGACUGCGCCACCAACUUCGCUAAAAAUGGUCGAAUGAAGUGCCCAAUAUGCCAGUGUUUUUCCAGAAGAGUAGUCAAAACAUAUGUAAUGUAAAAUAUUUUUUAUGUAGAUAAUUGUUCUUCUUUUUUUUUAUGUUUUUAUUACUUCUAAGUUAGAUUUAAGUUAAUUAUUAAGUGAAUCGUAUUUGUAAUCAUGUACAUAUUUAUAGUAGUUUUCUUGUUUUUCAUUUCGUUUCUUU